CCCCCCAUCCUUCAUUCUCCAUCUUCUUGCUGUUCUCGAAGCCAGUCCUGCCAUUCCUGUAUUUUUAUAGGACUCUCUGUUUUCUCUCGUGGAUCUCGGAUUGGGCAUGUACUCGUGACCAGACCGCAUCUCUCCUUCCUCCUUCCUUGGUAUUUGCUCUGUCGUCCUCGAAUCCAGUCCUGCCAUUCCUGUGUUCUCAUAGGGCUCUCUGUUUUCACUCGUUGAUCUCAGAUUGGGUAUGUACUCGUGACCAGGCUCAGAAGCUCAUACACUCUCAUUCUUCCAUUUCUCCCCUCCGAUUCAUCUAUUCCAUUUCUUCCCCCCGCGCUCCCCCCCCCUCCUAUUGCGAGUCAGGGCUGCUCCACGUCGCUCAAAGCCUGGGUGGGUGGGCUACUCGAUUUUUCGAGGGUUAUCGUUUAAGAAGGGCAGAAUGACGACUACCACUUCACAGAAUCGACCAUUGGUCUCAAAAGUCCUUGUCCACGCACCCGACUGUGAUGUUUUCUGUGUCGCUCGCCUUCGUAUCGUCCAUGGCCGAACUGUUGCGGAUGGUCAAACUGCCAACCAAGCAUCUAUCUUGCUUUCGAUCACAACAACUCUCGCUAACUCGAUCAGCAUCGCUAACUCGAGCAGCAGAUCCCAGGUCCUGACUCUGAAUAUCCCUCCUGAACGAGUCGGAAAGUGCGGUUUUGCUCGCAGAAGCAACAACUCACUCUGUCCAGAUCGUCUCCUUUCCUCGCUCCCGGCGCCUGUUACAAAAGUUUCGGCCGUCUCAACACUGAGUCUUAGCCUCGACACGGUCGGCAUAGUUCUUAGUCCAUCUGGCAUGGACUUUCUCAAACCAGCCGUACCUGGAGACUUGGAGUUUCACUCAUUUGCCAAAAUUUGUCAAUCCAAAUUCCUCCGUCUACACUUCACCGGACGACAAUUUGUCAAUAGCGAGCUUGAUAAGCUACAUGAUUUCUCCUAUGCCCUGCGUCAAAGAAGUCUUCAAGCAGUGCCUUUGAACACCGCUCGCCACGGAGUCUGCCAGAAAGAUUGGCGUGUCUUUGUUCUGUCACCCGAUCCACCCCCAUAUUGCCAGGAGUCCGUCUCCGAGCAGGUGGAUCUCCCCGUAUAUAAAGAAGUGCUAGGAAAACGGCGCAGAGACCCACGGUCAAUAUCACCCAACACUGAAGAACGAAAAAAAUUGCUCCUUCUAUCCCCUGAACCGAUAGGCUCUCCAACUGAAGUUCCGACUGAUAUUGCGACUGAAGUCAACACGCCGAGUACACGGGCUCCGUCCCGAUCACCGUCCUCGAUCCAUCGGACUCACUUUCAGCGUGCUUCCUCCCGCGGCCAAACAGAGUCUCAGAGACUCGCGCAUCUUGAACACGAGCUCCGUGGUGUUUCUGAUGACCUGAUCCGUAGACUGUUAAUUCGUUCCGGCCGCGAACAUCUGCUAGCCAUACCGGAAGACGUCGACCGCCGUCUGGCACGCGAGCUCGAGCCUGUAGGCAGCUCUCUCGAGGCCGACAUGGUGAUGAUUGGGCGCCGGCUCGAACGAUACAUCGAUAAGACAGUUGAGCGCCGGCUCGCGCAUUACGUCGACUGCGCCGUAGCCGAAUGUCGCGAUCAGCUCUACGACGUAUGCACCCAGAAAGAAGCACAAUUCGAAGAAGAGAUCGACACUGGUAACAUCGAGGUACGCAACACGGCGAAUGACUGUAUGAAAGAAAUGGAGGAGCAGGUGCAAGGAUACAUGGUUCAAAUGGAAGAACAAGCACAACGGUGCAUGAAGGAUAUUGAGGGCCGGGGAGUCGAGAUCGCGAUCGACAUCGAAUCCGAUAUCUCUGCAAAGAGAAAACUUUCGCCACGGUCGAGUGCUUCUGCACAGCCUUCACUUGAUGGGAAGUCCAGCACACGUCAUGGGUUGCGUGCCUGUAUUAGGCGCAGUUCUGUUUGAAGCAGUAUGUCGGCGUUCCGGAGUACACCGGCCACGUGAUCCAAAGGCCUUUACCUUUUGUUUACACGCAGAGAACUCCGAUAGUGAAACAACCUAAGAACCACAGAAAAAUCAAGAAAUCGUUCUAUAUUGCCUACCC